ACAUUUAUUUUUAAUUAGGUGAUUUGGAAGAUCCCAACAUAAGCAUGCAAGAUGUAUUAUUAUCGGAGCUAUUAGCUUGGUUUAAAAAUGAUUUUUUCUCUUGGGUUGAUAGCCCAAAAUGUGAAAAAUGCGAUUCCCCCACAAAAUUUUCCCACAUGUCAACCGAUUCAGAACUUUUAAAAUACACGGAUAGAGUCGAAAUCCACAACUGCACUGUUUGCAACGCUUCAACGCCAUUCGCAAGAUUUAACGAUUUAAAUAUUCUUUUAGCAACGAGAAAAGGGCGCUGCGGCGAAUGGGCUAAUACAUUUACUUUAUUUUGUCGCGCAAUGGGUUGGGAGGCUCGUCACGUUUACGAUGAAACGGAUCAUGUAUGGACCGAAGUUUAUUCGGUAGCUCAAAAACGAUGGUUGCACUGUGAUUCGUGUGAAGCAGCUUUAGACACACCGUUAAUGUACGAAUCGGGCUGGAAUAAAAAGUUGUCUUAUAUAAUUGCUUAUUCGGGUGAAGAUCUUCAAGAUGUCACCUGGAGAUAUUCAAGUCGUCAUAAAGAAGUUUUAUCCAGACGUAAAAAAUGUACCGAAAUCGAGUUAGUUAGCGCCAUUUGUAGUUUACGAAACGAACGGCAAAAAGGAUUAAGUGAAACUAGGAGGGAAUAUUUAAAUAAAAGGGUUUUAUGUGAGUUAAUUGAGAUGAUGGUUGAAAAGGAGGCUACUGAAAAAGAUAAAAAAGGAAGAACUUCUGGGUCUAUGGCUUGGAGGUUAAGUAGGGGGGAAACAAAACGAGAUUUUGAAGGAAAAAUAUGGAAAAUUAGUGAUACUAAUAUAUUUUCUUUAAAAUAUUGUACAUCUUUAGAUCAAUAUCUUGUAAAUAAUGAAAAAAUUAAAAAUUUCUCCGAUGGUGUUUUUAAGAUGAAUGGUGUAUUUCGUAAGGAAGAGAAAGAUUGGAGAAAUGCCUAUUUGUGCAGAGAAGAAACUGUGAGUGUCGGUUCUAUUACUUGGGCAUUUCAAGUUGAUUUUGAUCAAAAAUCAAUUGAUGAAAUUAUAAUUUAUUUUGAUUACACAACAUAUGAAGAUGGGAAUGUUACAGUUAGUUUAAAUAAUGAAAAUAAACGAGUGGAUUUUAUUAAAGGUAAAUAACUUACAUCACUUUUGAAGUUGCCAAUA